CCCCCGGGUCUAGGCCGGGCUGCCAUGGUCCCGGGGAUGAUGUCUUUCAGGGUUUCAUGCUCCCUCUGGAAAAGUCUCAGCGCCGCCUCAGGCUUCGCCCAGGCCUGGGCCUCACCGCCGAGUCCGGCUCCCGCCAGGGCCUUUCACAGCUGCAUCGACCCCUCUAUCGGUCUCUCAGAUGACCAAAAAGAAUUCCAGAAAGUGGCCUUCAGUUUUGCUUUGAAUGAAAUGGCUCCACACAUGGCAGAGUGGGAUCAGAAGGAAAUCUUUCCUGUGGAGGCAAUGAGGAAGGCUGCACAACUCGGGUUUGGUGGGAUUUAUGUUCGUCCAGAUGUUGGGGGAUCAGGACUAUCACGAGUGGACACUUCGAUCAUAUUUGAAGCAUUGUCGACAGGCUGUGCAAGUACCACCGCUUACAUCAGCAUUCAUAACAUGUGUGUUUGGAUGAUUGACACGUUUGCGAGUGAAGAGCUGCGUCAUAAAUACUGUCCCACAUUGUGCAGCAUGGAGAGAUUGGCUUCCUACUGUCUCACUGAGCCAGGAAGUGGAAGUGAUGCAGCUUCACUAAUAACUACUGCAAGACGGGAUGGCGAUUGCUACAUUCUCAAUGGCUCAAAGGCUUUUAUCAGUGGUGGAGGAGAAACUGAUCUGUACGUGUUGAUGUGCAGGACUGGAGACAGGGGUCCCAAAGGCAUUUCCUGUUUGUUGGUGGAGAAAGGUACCCCUGGGCUCAGCUUCGGCAAGAAAGAGAAAAAGGUCGGAUGGAACUGCCAGCCAACUCGAGCUGUGAUAUUUGAGGACUGUGCUGUUCCCGUUAGUAACUUGAUUGGAAAAGAAGGUGAUGGAUUUUCCAUAGCAAUGAAUGGACUGAAUGGCGGAAGAAUCAACAUUGCUUCGUGUUCAGUAGGUGCUGCAUAUGCCUCCAUUCUUUUAACUCAAGAUCACCUGAAAGUCCGCAAACAAUUUGGAAAACCUCUUGCCGACAGUCAGUAUCUGCAGUUUAAACUGGCUGAAAUGGCAACUGGACUGGUAGCAUCCCGUUUGAUGGUGCGCAAUGCCGCUGCAGCACUCCAGGAGGGUCGGCAGGAUGCAGUAGCCCUAUGUGCAAUGGCCAAACUCUUUGCAACUGAUGAAUGUUUUACAAUCUGUAAUCAGGCGCUACAGAUGCAUGGUGGUUAUGGCUAUCUAAAGGAUUAUGCUGUACAGCAGUUUGUUCGAGAUACCAGGGUGCAUCAGAUCCUAGAGGGAACCAAUGAAGUGAUGCGAAUGCUUAUCUCAAAGAACCUGCUGAAUGACUAAUUUUGUUGUGCAUUAGCACAGCUCUGCACGGGAGAAACAAUUCAUUUUGUUGAUUAUGUUUCAUGGAAAGACUGUUUCUACACUCCAUUGUAACUGACCAGUAAAAUGCAAUAGUUUUCUUCUGUUUAAUUUUUUCUUGGACUUGUAACUGGCAUGAAUCUUAUAUGGUUGCAAACCCAUGUGUAGCAACACGGCAAAAACACCAACCAUGAACAAAUCCUCAGUGUUUCACCGUUCACUGUGGCAACAGCGAGGCUGACCACUAACUCGGCAGUAACCCAAGAUCCCAGCUGGAUACUGAAUCCUGGAAUCCUGUGGAAUAUUAGCCAUUUUGCGAAAGUCUUGGCAAGAAACUCUGUCACCUACAGCCAUAGAUAUCAUUAAACUAUUGUAUAAACA